GACACCGCUAAGCAACCUAUCUCAACGGUUUUUAUGUCUCCGCGGAAGAAAAUAAAAUACUUUGAUUAGUCAUAUGGCACGUACAAAAUUUUACGGCAACAUCGAUCUUAUCCUUUUUACUGGUUUGCAGUUAAUCUGGAAGACAAGCACCUACCAAUACACAUGCCCGUGCGUGCACCCACACACAAGCUCCCGCGCGCACAAAACUGACAUUUUGAGGAAUCAUUUUAUUGUUGUAGAAUCAUUUUUACUGUAGGCCUGCUUCUUCUGGUGCCUUGAGAAUGGAGAAGAAUAGGCUGUCAUCUUUUCUGAUGCUUAUUGUCACCACGAUGAGUGUGAUGUUGGUGCUCUGUGCUUCUACUGAGGCCCAACUUGAGAGUCUGACAUUCUGCGAGGACGGGUACAAACUCAACUACACCUUACCCAUGUUGAAGCAAUGUGAAAUGAAGGAGAAUGCUGAAAAGGAUGGCCUGAUUCAGACCAUACCCAAACUGAUCCCAACCCCGUCAAUUGACAGUGGUUGUUCUCUAAGACAGAAUCUAUCAGGAAUUCCUCAGGGACAGCGCGUCUGCAAAGUACCAGACUGUUGGAAUUCACCGUGUGAAAACGGUUGGUGCGAGGAGACUAUCUCGGGUUAUGUCUGUCAUUGCUCAGCGAUGUUCACCGGUCUGCACUGUGAAAAACUUUCGGAACUUUCAGUAUGUUCAUCUAACCCCUGUCGCCAUGGAGGCACAUGUGAGGAAACCGAUAAAGGGUUUAGCUGUAUCUGUCCAGAGAGCUACAGUGGUCAGACUUGUGAACAUGGUGAAGAUAAUCCCUUCAUUAAGUCAGUGAAACUCGUAGGAGGAGAAGGUAGUCACGAUGGAAUGGUAGCAUUCUCUCCAUUUUCCAACCUCGGAAUCUCUAACACAUACAUACUGAUUCACCUUGCUGGAUGGAACUCUAAUGCGUCCCGGCUCGUUUGCCAACAUCUGGGAUUUAAAGGCGUAUACUUGACCCUGACUGGAAGUCACUUCAAUGUGUCAUACAUUAUGGAUGACCUCACCCAAUCCGCCAAUGUGGAUUGUCCUGAUACUGCUUCAGACAUCAGCGACUGCAGCUGGUAUAAUGAGACACAGAAUUACAAGAUUGAACUAUCUAUCGGGGUUGUCUGCUGCUCGGAGAGCCUGUUCUGCAGGGAGUCUGGAGACCCAGUUGGCCUUGAAAAUGGCUUCAUUCCCGACUCAGCAAUUACAGGAUCCAGCUCCUACCGUGGAAAAGAACCUUUCCUUGGAAGAUUACACUCUUCCCAUGCAUGGGUCCCCCGCCGGGAAGACAGCACACCUUGGAUUCAAGUCCACUUCAAUUCAAGUUACCUCAUUACUGGUUUCAUUACACAAGGGAACGUCGAUCUAUUUAGGGUAGGAUCGAGUGAUGACGGAGUAGCAUGGACACUCUAUAUGGAUGUGAACUCGGCUGCUGAAAAGACUUUUCAAAGGAGUGUCAAUUACCAACCAACUAUCUUCAGGAGACCAGUACUCUGCCGUUUUUUUAGGAUUUAUCCGAUCAAUAACUUUUACUCCCCUUCUCUCACGUUUGAGCUGAUUGGACAUGGACCACUAAAUUAUGACGUUGCUGCUCUGAAUCAAGUAACCGGAUGUCCAUCUCCUAUCCACGGUGAACCUCUGGGAAUCCAAGACGGCUCUAUACCAGACACCAGUAUCACUAGAUCGUGUAGUGGCAUCAUGCCAAAAGCUACAAUAGGGAGACUCCAUCGUUCUGAUGAAAUGAAUCUUUCUGGCCAAUGUGAUACAGCUUCUGACGAUAUUGACUAUUUUGAUAAUUGGGUGAAGAUCGAUCUGGGAGAACUUUCUACCAUUACUGGUAUCAUCACCCAAGGAAGUAGUUCCUAUUCACGUUGGAUUACGUCUCUUUUCAUUUCCUAUUCGAUCGAUGACGCAGCAUGGAUAUUCGUCUUGGAACAGGAAUGUGGUUCUCCUAAGGUGUUCACAGCCAACUAUAAUAUGCACUCUGACGUGACUACGCUUCUUCCUCGACCAAUCAGCGCACGAUACGUCAAAAUACACCCAGUCACUUAUUACGCAAUCCCAUCUAUGAGGUUCGAACUACUUGGUGUAAAACAUACUUGACUAAUAAACGCAUUUCAAAAUUGAAACAACAUUCAUUUGUCAAGGAACAGUGCACUUAUAUUGUAUAGCUUCGUUAAUAGUCAAUCACCUGUAAAUUGGUUCGAAUUGUGGACCUUGUAGACUUUGCAUCAGUCAUUUUUAUGAUGAUCUAAUUGGCGUGCUUUGGAGAAAAUCGCUACAAUUUUGAAGCGUACAUGCCUUGAUUGUACAGUAAAUAUUAGGAAUUAUACAGAGGAUAAGUUAAAUUAACCAAGAAUAAAGUAAAGUAAAUCAUUAAUAGGGUUAUUUUACAUUGCAUUUAUGUGUUUUACCUAGAUUUACGUAUUCCAAAAUAAUGUUAGUCGACCCCUUUACACAUUUUCUUAGUCCAGUUUAUGAUAUUGCUACUCUAAUUUAUGUAUACUUCUACAAAGGCUAUUUCUAAACAGGAAGCGGUUUGGGAAAUUAGGAUGACGGAUAUUUUUCUUUUCUUUUCAGAGUAAGUGAUAAAAAAGACAGGCCUACUUUCAGCCGAUUAUUUAAUUUCUGUAGAAGCUUAUUAAGGUAUUUUACCUUAUAAAUAAAAGUAGUUAAGUAUCAACGGUCUAUCUCGAAAAUCGCUGUUCUGAGAAAAAUUACUUUAAAGUUUAGAGGUUUCAGCUUUAUUGUGAAACGUAAAUAAUGCAUUUUUAGCAAAGGGAAAAUAAGAAGCACAAUAAAUACUAAUGACUGCAGAAUUCUUAAC